UCUCCCUAUUUCCGCACAUAAACGACAGAGGAGCUUAGUAUGGCGUCUCGAGCAGAGCAACCCAGAUCCCGUCACCGACCCGUGUACCGGAGCCGUUAACGACACCUAACCACGGAGCUACUUGACAAUUUAACUGACUAAAUAACAGACUGACACCAAGUGCAUCAUGGUGGAUGUAACCAAAUGGCCACUUUUCAGUGUGAUUGGGCCUCAAGAGCUCUCCAUGAUACAGAAGGCAUUAGUGUUUGGAACAUCUGCUAAUGAGGCUAUUUACAUAACCAAAGAUGACGAGGUGUAUGUGUUUGGGCUGAACUGCAGUAACUGCCUAGGCACAGGAGACAGCCAGAGCACCAUCGUACCCAAGAAACUGGACUCCCUGAGUGGGAAGAAAGUGAUCAGCCUGAGCUACGGCAGUGGACCCCACAUCCUGCUGGCCACAGAGGAUGGAGAGCUGUUUGCCUGGGGACAUAAUGGCUACAGCCAACUGGGAAACGGGACAACCAAUCAAGGAGUAGCUCCAUUUCCGGUGUCUGCCAAUCUGCUCAAUAAGAAGGUCACAGAGGUGGCCUGUGGGUCUCAUCACUCAAUGGCUCUGACUGAAUCUGGAGAGGUGUAUGCAUGGGGCUACAACAACUGUGGUCAGGUGGGCUCAGGCUCCACAGCGAACCAGCCCACCCCUCGCAGAGUGUCCAGCUGCCUGCAGAACAAGGUGGCUGUCAGUAUUGUCUGUGGUCAGACCUCAUCACUGGCAGUCGUCGACAACGGAGAGGUGUACGGUUGGGGCUAUAAUGGGAAUGGACAACUUGGACUUGGAAAUAACGGGAACCAGCUCACUCCCUGUCGACUCGCAGCUUUGCAGGGUUUAUGUGUGCAACAGAUUGUCUCAGGUUAUGCUCACUCCCUGGCCCUGACUGAUGAGGGUUUGCUCUAUGCAUGGGGUUCCAACACAUAUGGACAACUGGGCACCGGCAACAAGAGCAACCAGCUGAGUCCAGUUCAAAUCAUGACUGAGAAUGAGAGAGUUGUAGAGAUCGCCGCCUGUCACUCCACACACACAUCAGCUGCUAAGACCCAGAGUGGUCAGGUGUACAUGUGGGGUCAGUGUCGGGGCCAGUCUGUUGUGCUGCCUCACCUCACGCACUUCACCUGCACUGACGAUGUCUUUGCAUGCUUCGCCACUCCCUCCGUUAUGUGGCGCCUUCUUUCCAUGGAGCAUGACGACUUCUUGACUGUGGCUCAGUGUCUGAAAAAAGAGUUUGACAACCCAGAGACGGCUGACGUCAAGUUCUGCAUCGAUGGCAAAUAUAUCUACGUUCACAAGGCAGUUCUCAAAAUGAGGUGCGAACACUUCAGAUCUAUGUUUCAAUCGCACUGGAAUGAAGACAUGAAGGAGGUGAUUGAAAUCGACCAGUUCUCCUACCCGGUCUACCGCUCCUUCCUGGAGUUCCUCUACACUGACGACGUGGAGUUACCACCUGAAGAUGCCAUUGGGCUGCUGGAUCUGGCCACAUCAUAUUGUGAGAACCGCCUGAAACGCCUUUGUCAACACAUAAUCAAGAGAGGAAUUACCAUUGAAAAUGCCUUCUCCCUGCUAUCGGCUGCUGUGCGCUAUGAUGCCGAGGACCUGGAAGAGUUCUGCUUUAAGUUCUGUGUCAAUCACCUGACUGAGGUGACCAAGACUGCUGCUUUCUGGCAGGUCGACGGCAACUUGCUCAAAGAUUUUAUAUGUCGAGCCGGCCGCUGUGGAGCCUUCAAAAACUGAACUCUGAGGUAAUUGAGAACAGGCUCUGAGACUGGAUGUUUUCAGCCACCAUCAUGAUGCUCUACGUACCUUCACUGACAAGAUGGUUACACAGUGGAAAUCUUUGGAUAAUCACCGUUACUGUCAAGACUGCUGUUCAUCUCAUUCCAUUCUUGAACCAGAUUUUCAUUACAUGAACUGUCUGCUGAAAAGUACUGACAUAGAGCUGACAGGUCGCAGCAUCACUGCUCAGGACAGUUUUGGUCAUUGUUUGCCUCAGUGCACGACUGGCUUGACAUUUAUACUUCCUGUGUAAAGGAGGACACUACUUCUCAAACAAGUUGUUUCUUUUUAACUUGAGAUUUUUGCCAGUCGCCUUUUAUCAUUUAUUUUUUUUUUUUCUACUUUCUGUUUAACUGACCAACAUACAGUAGUUCUUCAGUGUUUGCACUUCUAUCUUUAAUGUUUUUGUUAUGCUUUACUGGAGGACCACAUAAUAGUUUGGAUGUGGUUCCUGAUACUUGGUUUUCAGAUUGAGGUUUGUGGCUCUUUGCACUUGCACAUGUCUGGACAGAGUAUUUUGAAGAUACUGACUGUUUGUUCGGGUCAUUGUUAUUAUUUUUAUUAUUAUCAAUGUUAUUGUUGCUCUUAUCAUUAUUAUUCCCAGUGGCUUCCAAUGCUGCAGUGCUACUUUAUUUUUCUAGAUUGUAUACUCAAAGAUAGAAACUAAGAUCAGUCUCAGAUUAGGGCCCCUUCAAAUAAAGUGAAUUUCAGAUUAAGGGCCCCUUCAGAUUUACACCAAAGGCUCCUCCCUUUCCCAUGUGCAUCAGGGAACUACGUUUUUUUUUUUUCUACACUGUUCUACUCUCAGCCAUUUCUUUCUUCUUUUUUGGUCGAUACAUUGGGUUUAUGUGGCAUAUCCUGUCAUGUGGGCUUGUCUUGGAGUCGAUCGGAGGCGAGUAUGCUUGAAAUACACAUUUCAUUACCAAAAAACGUUAUCUAGAAACAUAAUCAGAAUCCUUUUGACCUCUGCAUUUGUUUUGUCUGCUAUCAAAAUUAGAUAUGCCAGACCCACACUGCUCUACACAUUAUAUUCUGUAAAUACUUCUAGUCUUAAACUGGAUUUGUCUUAAAUUUUACAUUGCAUAGGUUGUAGAGUUAUCUUUUGCAGCUAUUUAGUUAUUGUACAGAAAUGUUGACUGGCGGUUCAUCUUACCUGGCUGCCAGUUGUAUCAGAUAUAUGGAGCUAUUUAAAAUCAGUUUAAGGUGUGAGGUCUUUCAGGGAGUUAGGCUGAGGAUACAGUAUUAACAUAAAUUACAUUGUAUGGUCACAUUUGCACUACUGCUGUGGUUGUUUUGAGGAGUAUUUUUGCUAAUUUCAAUGCUGAAUAUUUCAAAUAUAAAAUGCAUAAUGUUUUAAAGAUUGAUAUUGAAUAUAAAAAUGUGCCAGUUACAUUUUGGGACCUCUGCAAGCAACUGAAUUAAAAACAGAUCUGCUUGUUUUUUCUGUGAACAGGUGUUUUUAAGUGAUUAAAGAAUAUUAAUAUUA